GAGGUCCUUCCCAUAGGGAAGACCCAACAAAGGUCCCAUACAUACCGGAAAUAAAAUUUUAACCGGAAAUACCGGUAGAAUGCUGGGAUCGUUGUUAAUGUCAGUUACUGUGUUUAUCUCAAGAAAUAGGUUCCUUGUGUUUAUUUUUAUUUCACAAAUAUUUUAUAUUUUCUUUGCCGUACGUGUCUACACUGACUUUAUUAUUUUGGUCAGCGCAAACCUAAUUAAGUGAUAUUUGCAUAUUUAAAAGUUUACCUCACAAAGCAGACUAUUUGGAUCUGAAAAUGGGCAAGCAUCAAUUCGCCAAAAUCUUCCUUAUUUUUUUAACGUUUGCUGUGCACAUGGCUAUGCUUGGUGUUAGUUACUUGGCAGUAUUUCCAGAAAAAAGUCGAGGCCUGUUCACUUCUGAAACUGGUAACAUUUCUCAUAAAUAUGAUCUGGCUGCUGUUCCUGAUGAUUCAGCUUUCUCCAUUUGGGGUGCAAUUUACCUGUCAGAAGCAUUGUGGCUUUUGUAUGCAAUCACAACUGUAUUUCGAUCAACUUCCAAAGGACCUUUAUAUGUUUCGUGUAAUGUGAUGCCUUCGCAAAUGCUUAUUGGUUUUAUACUUAACUGUAUUAUCAAUAUAAUUUGGUUAAUUGCGUUCGACAGAGAAAAAAUUCUUUAUUCUGGUAUCAUUAUUUCCUUCCUUCCAUUAUGCCUUAUAUACUGCCUUGUCCUUUCUCAUAGAAGAUUGCAUUCUUAUUCUGUCUUCAUGAUUAAAGAGUCUUUGCUUUUUGAUAUUUGGAUUAAUCGUUUCUUAGUCCAAAAUGGUAUUGCCGUAAAUGCUACAUGGGUAUCUAUUGCAACAUGUUUGAACUUCGGAAUGGUUCUUACCUAUGUUUAUGAUGUCAAAGAAGAAAUUUCUAGCAUUAUUGUUCUGAUGAUGGUGUCAAUUGGAACCCUGUUAUAUACUUGCUUUGAUUACAAGCGCAAGCUUACCCACUAUACAGUGACACCAUAUAUGGUUGUUAGCUGGGCUACAGUUGGCGUACUGCUUAAACAUGCUUCAGAAACUUCUUGGACUAAUAUUACUAUAUUGUCUGUUGUUCUCCUGGUUUGUACUUGCAUUGUGUUGGGGUUCAAAGUCUUCUCCAUUUUAUUUCCAUUAAAAACUGAUCGUAAAAGUAAGGCAAAGAAAAGUUCUUAAAUAUGAAUGUCCAUUGAAAUGAGAGGACAAAUAAAUCUCGCAACUAAAUAUAAGAAAAUAUUUUUUUAGUACAAAUUCUUUUUACUAAGAAUAUCUUUAAUUUUAUAUUUUACUGAUACUUAUUUAUAAAACACAUUGGAGUGGCAGCUGAACUUAAAACUAUAAGGGCCUAAACUAUUUUC